AACUGUCAGUGUAAGUUGCAUCAAGCUCCAAAUCCUGAAUUAAAUCCUUUGCAGCGUUAGGGAAAAAAUUUCUUUCCACACUUUAGAUGGAAGCAAUAUUCUUUAUGGUGGGAAAAAAGCCUAUUUUGGGUAUUUUCUUUUUUGAACAAUAGCCAUGUUUGGAUUUUGCUUGUCACAGGUGUUACUUAUGUUGGAUAUGAUGUUUUUUUUCUUGUUCUAAAGCAUAAGGAAUACAGGAAUCUCAGAACAGCCCAAAAUGGCUGGAAUAGUUAAUACUCACCAUACAUAUGGCACAGUACCUAAGGUGUCAAUACAAGACAUGGACGAAGUUCUGGAAAUCAUGGAAAAUGGUGAAUGCAGACUUUUAAGUGAGAACAACAAUAUCCCUUGUUCAUCACAAAGCAAGGAAAGUCCAAAAUGUUACAGCAUAUAUUCAAGCAAGAAUCGUGUACAUGCUGCGACAGUUACCCUUCAUCGGGACCAACACCUUUCAGGGGCCAAUGCAGAUUGCAAUACCAAUAAUAGUAAUAACAAUGAAGAGGAGGAGAAGAAGAAAAAGAAAAAAGAAAAGAAAGAGAAGUCUGAUCAUAAAAAGGAAAAGAAAAAGGACAAAGAGAAGAAAAAAGACAAAGAAAAGAACAAAGACAAAGAAAAAGGGGAGAAGGAAAAAAAUAAAAAUAAAGCGAAAGAGGAGAAAGAGAAAGCGGAGAAGGAGAAGGCAGAGAAGGAGAAAGCAGAGAAGGAGAAAGAAAAAGAAAAGAAGGAAGAAAAGAAAAAAGAAAUCUUUGUCAUUGAUCCUUCAGGAAACCUAUAUUACAACUGGCUCUUUUGUAUAACAAUGCCUGUCAUGUACAACUGGACUAUGAUAAUAGCAAGAGCCUGUUUUGACGAACUUCAACAGGAUUAUUUGGAAUACUGGUUCUUUAUUGAUUAUAUAUCAGAUGCGAUUUACAUUGCUGAUAUGUUUGUAAGGACAAGAACAGGUUACUUGGAGCAAGGUCUUCUGGUCAGAGACAAAGUUAAACUCAGGGACAAAUACAAAAGGACUACGCAGUUUAGGUUUGAUGUCUUGUCGAUUAUACCAACAGAUAUAUUGUAUUUCCAGUUUGGAUUAAACUACCCAGAGCUCAGGCUCAACAAAUUAUUCAGGGUAGCACGUAUGUUUGAGUUCUUCCAAAGAACAGAAACAAGAACCAAUUACCCUAACAUAUUCAGAAUCUCCAAUCUUAUCAUGUACAUCGUGAUUAUCAUUCAUUGGAAUGCAUGUGUUUACUAUUCCAUUUCUAAGGCUAUUGGAUUUGGGGAAGAUACAUGGGUCUAUCCAAACACAACAGAUCCAGAGUAUGGAAGACUGGCUAGAAAAUAUGUCUACAGUCUUUACUGGUCAACACUCACACUGACUACUAUUGGUGAAACGCCACCACCUGUACAGGAUUCUGAAUUCUGGUUUGUUGUUGCUGAUUUCCUUGUGGGAGUCUUGAUUUUCGCUACCAUUGUCGGUAAUGUCGGUUCCAUGAUUUCAAAUAUGAAUGCUGCCAGAGCCGAGUUCCAAGGGAGAAUUGAUGCUAUUAAACAGUACAUGCAUUUUCGAAAAGUGAGCAAAGAUCUAGAGAAAAGGGUAAUUAAAUGGUUUGACUAUUUGUGGACAAACAAAAAAGCUGUUGAUGAAAGAGAAGUGUUGAAAUACCUACCCGACAAGUUAAGGGCCGAAAUUGCUAUUAAUGUACACCUUGACACAUUAAAGAAAGUGCGCAUUUUUGCUGAUUGUGAAGCUGGACUUUUGAUUGAGUUGGUAUUAAAACUGCAACCUCAAGUGUACAGCCCAGGAGAUUACAUUUGUAGGAAAGGGGAUAUUGGAAGAGAAAUGUAUAUUAUCAAAGAAGGCAAACUUGCAGUAGUGGCUGAUGAUGGAGUUACACAAUUUGUGGUUUUGAGUGAUGGUAGCUACUUUGGUGAGAUCAGUAUUCUCAACAUCAAAGGAAGUAAAGCUGGUAACCGGCGAACAGCUAAUAUUAAAAGUAUAGGGUAUUCUGAUCUUUUCUGUCUGUCUAAAGACGAUCUUAUGGAAGCCCUUACUGAGUAUCCAGAUGCUAAAGCCAUGCUGGAGGAAAAAGGAAGGCAGAUUUUGAUGAAGGAUGGUCUACUUGACUUAGACAUUGCAAAUUCAGGGGCUGACCCAAAGGAUAUUGAAGAGAAGGUAAUUCACAUGGAAGGAUUAGUGGAAAACCUGCAGACAAAAUUUGCUCGACUUUUAGCGGAGUAUGAUGCAGCACAACAAAAACUUAAACAGCGAGUCACCAAAAUUGAGAAAAUUAUGAAGCCAGAGACUGAAGCUGUAGAAAUGCCACCGAUGGGAGAAACCAAAGAUGAAGCUGCAGCACCACCACCCUCCCAGGAAUAGAUUCAUAUAGUUGUGCAAAACUAACUUGUACCAUAGGACUCUUUUGUAUUAAAUAAAAGGAAAUUACUAAUGAAAGUACAUUUACUCAUAUACUCUUUUCCUUCUAUGUCAAAGAUUCAGUAAUAUGUACACCAUGAUGAUUACUAUUAUAAGCUAUGAGACUAGCUGAGGAUGCUGCAGUAAUCAAGUGUUCAUCUAAGAAAAUACUAUGUGUACUAUGACAUAUAUAGUUGUAUGUUUAUUGACUAGUUAAAGAAGGUAUUGUACAUUUUUUUAAAAUAACUAUGCAGCCAAUUUUAGACUGACCAGCCAGGGUACCACUAAAUCUCGCUAUAGGUUAAUUAUAGAAUCAUUUCCAUGAACUAUUCCUGAUUUAUAGCACAGAGCCACGUAAUACAUACCAUGUAGUAUAUUUUACAUCUAAGGUUUGUUAUAGUGUGCCUUGGAUUUCAGGUUCACUGGUGGGCCCUUGGAGGUCCAAUCCAAAACUCAUUAUAGUUCUACAUAGACACAGGCAUUUUAUCAACAGAAUGGAUUUGUAGUUGUAAUGGAUUUGUAAUUGUAUAAUAUGUUAAAAAAAAUCUUAAAAAUCUACUUUUACCACAAUCUGCAUUUUAUACUGUAUUUAAUAUAUGUGAAACACUUUAUACAUAACUAAAGCAAAUAAUUUAAUCGGCAAUUUAUGCUGUGUUUCAAUUUAAAAAAUGUGUUACAAUCAAUAA